AUGACUGGGCCAGAUGGGAGGCCCCAGAGCGGCCUCAUGGGCUCCAGGCCCAGCCAAGAGCCGCAGCAGACUGUGCUCUUGCUGGUCCUGGGAACCCAGGUGCAGAUGCUGGAGAACGGGCUCCUGAGGGUGCCCCCCAUGGGCUGGCUUUCCUGGGAGCGCUUCCGCUGCAACACAAACUGCAAAAACGACCCCAAGAACUGCAUCAGCGAGCGGCUCUUCAUGGAGAUGGCUGACCGGCUGGCCCAGGAUGGAUGGCGGGACCUAGGCUACGUGUACCUCAACAUCGAUGACUGCUGGAUCGGAGGGCGCGAUUCCAAGGGCCGCCUCAUACCUGACAAAGAGCGUUUCCCUAAUGGCAUUGCUUUCCUGGCUGACUAUGCUCACUCCUUGGGCCUGAAGCUGGGUAUCUACGAGGACCUGGGCAAGUUUACCUGCAGUGGUUACCCAGGCACAACGCUUGACAAGGUGGUUCUGGACGCUCAGACCUUCGCUGAGUGGAAGGUGGACAUGCUGAAGCUGGAUGGCUGCUACUCGACCUCCAAGCAACGGGUCCAGGGAUACCCCAAGAUGGCAGCUGCACUGAAUGCCACAGGCCGCCCCAUCGCCUUCUCCUGUGUUUGGCCACUCUAUGACCACGGCCUCCCCCCAAGGGUGGACUACAAACUUGUAGCAGACACCUGUAACCUCUGGCGCAACUACAAAGACAUCCAGGACUCGUGGACCAGUGUGUUGUCCAUCCUAGACUGGUUCGUGACCCACCAGGACAUUCUGCAGCCUGUGGCAGGCCCUGGCCACUGGAAUGACCCGGACAUGCUGAUCAUUGGGAACAAGGGCCUGAACUUUGAGCAAGCACGCUCCCAGAUGGCCUUGUGGACCAUCCUGGCAGCUCCCCUCCUAAUGUCCACGGACCUACGUUCCAUAAGCCCCCAGAAUGUUGACAUUCUGCAGAAUUCGCUCAUGAUCAAAAUCAACCAGGACCCCCUAGGCAUCCAGGGACGCAGGGUUAUCAAGGACCAAAACCACAUUGAAGUGUUCUUGCGGCCCCUGGCCAAUCAAGCUUUCGCCAUUGUGUUCUUCAGCCGCCACACAAUCAAGCCCUAUCAGUACAGCAGUUCCCUGGCACAGCUGAACCUAACUGAUGCCACCAUGUAUGAGGCCCAGGAUGUCUACACUGGCGACACCAUCAGCAAUCUCAAGCAGACCACCAACUUCACGGUCACCAUCAAUCCUUCUGGGGUGGUCAUGUGGUACCUUUACCCCCUCAGGAAGCAGCAACUAUUCCAGCAUUGAGGAGCUGGGAGUGUGAUAAGACAAGCUGCAGAAGCACAACGGGCCCAGACCAGGCCACCACUUUGAGCACUAAGGGUCCAGUUGAUGGGACGCUCUGCUACCCAGCCUCCCAGG